AUGUCGGGCCGGCGUGCGCCCUCGUGGCAGAGGACCCCUCGGAGACCCAGACGGAGGGCGUGCGACUCCUGUUCCAAAAAGAAGAUCCAAUGUGAUGCAGAGUUCCCACAAUGCAAUUGGUGCAAACAUCAUAAUCUCGCCUGUACCUACAAUAGGAUCCGGAAACAGGCAGACGCAUGCCAAGUGACUCUCUCAUCGCCCAAUAUUGGCGGGGAACACACCCCUGUUGCUUAUUCCGAUCCAUCUAUAUCAGGCGGCGGGGUGGGCCAUUUGAGAAAUGGGAAUACAUUUCUGAAUAAUGUCUCAUAUCUUAGAGGUCACCACGUAUUCUCCGACGAAGGCCAGAAAUGGAUUGAGUCUCAAAUAGGAGAGCGCAUCAAUUUCGACAAGCUGUUCUCUCUUGAGGUUCAAUGGCUGAAACCGCUUCGUUUGUUGUCGGACUCUGCGGUACCCCCUCCUCCGCUUCCAGAGCUCCCUAGUAGAGCCAACGUUGAAAAGUAUAUGCUGGUUUAUUGCUCGUCCUUCCAAGGUCUAGUAUUUCCAGUGCUUAGCAGAUCAAUGAUCGGGAAGACGCUAGAUCUCGCCUACAGCCCCGUCCGACCCUUUGGUUCUGCCAGCGCCAAAUCUUGCCUGUAUUCACUUUUGUCCCUGGUUUCCCUGUUUGGCUUCGAGGACAGCAUACAUGGUGCCAUGGAUUGCCGAUCAUAUGCCUCGGCGGCACAGCGCUUUAUAACACCGGUGGCGGAGGAGAUGACGGUUGAUGGACUCCAGUCACUAAUAAUGCUGGUUCAACUCAAGUAUUUUCUAGGUGACCUCCAAUCUGCAGCCGUGACUUUGUCAAUCGCCACUCGUCUUCUCUAUACACUAGGGGCUCACACAUUACCCGCUAAUAAUAAGAACCCCGCCUCCAGCUUUUCCGCCUAUGAUAAGAGUGACCUAGACUUCCAUCUGCGAGAUCUCUUCUGGCUGUGUUAUUCAUUUGACAAAGACAUAUGCAUAAGAACGGGCCAACCCCCGUGUAUGAAUGAUACACACUGCAACCUCACUCUGCCCUCGGAUUAUAUACGGCUGCACAACAUCAAUCUACAACAAGACAUGCUACUGAUAGACAAUCACACUAUGCCCCUCUUCCCCUGGGAUCUCCGCCUGUCCAUGUUGAAGUCAAGAGUAUACCAGAAUCUGUAUUCCGCUGAUUCCCUUUACCAGUCUGUGUCGGAGUUACUGUCAAGCAUCCGAGACCUCGACGAGUCACUAGAACAAUGGAGGCUAUCCCUCCCGGCAGAGUUCCGCCCGACCUUGUACUUUUCCCCGGAGACCCCCGUGAGCGCCAAUGUGAAUACACAGGCGGUGAUACUAAGGCUCGCAUACUAUCAUUGUGUAAUCUCCAUCCACCAAGCGAGCAGCCGAUGCCAGAGCUCUGAAAUGAAUCUCGCAGGGCCGCCACUCCAGGGGAUCACGUCAAGUACCGGCCUUUCCAUCACCGCGAGUCGCUCAACUUUGUCUUACCUCCAAAGAGUGCUGCCUGUGGUAAAGGGGGAAUGUUUUUGGGUCAUUCUCUUUUACGCCACAACAGCCGUCUUGACGCUCUUCUGCAAUAUCGUCUCCAACCCCCGCGAUCGUGAGACUCGUCACAACGUGGAUUUGCUUCAGAAUGUCCCCGAUUUGAUCCACCGCAUUCCAGUCCGGAAGUUAACGCUCGGCGAAGUGAUCCACUUGCAAUAUCUGGAUGGGUUUACAACAGAACUUGCGGGCAUUUGCGUGCGUGCUAUAUCCAAGGCGCAACAGAACGCAAGCGAUCUAGAUCCAUAG